AUGUCCUUCGACCAGCUCUCGUCCCUCGAAGCGGGGCGCCGCCGAGGGCCGACGACCUCCUCCCGCUACACCGAUGAUCCCGAGUUUGCGCGGCUGUCGCAGGACCUGAUGAACAAGCUGUUUCGGCUGAAUGGCAACAACCAGCGCCUGGCCGGCGAGAUUGGGCAUCUGGGGACCCGGCGCGACACGCCGCGCGUGCGAGAACGCGUGCACGAGCUGAUUGAGGAAAGCCGCGACAUGUUUAAGCAGGUCGGCGAGGGAGUGAAGAAGAUACAGGCUUGGGAGGAUGUCACUCCCACACAACGCUACAUGCAACAAAAACUCUCCCGCGAAUUCCAGACCUCCCUCGCCGAGUUCCAAUCCCUCCAGCGUCAAGCCCUCGAGAAGCAGAAAGCAUCCGUCUCCGCCGCCCGCGCCUCUUUUGAGUCGGAACACCAUGCCCCCUCUGCAACCGGCGCCCCUGAGCAACACCAACUCCUCCAGCAACAACAGGAAUUGACACAUUUGGCUCCCCAAGACGAAGUCGACUUCCAAGAAGCCUUGAUCCUCGAACGGGAAGAGGAAAUCCGCAACAUCGAGCAAGGCGUGAGCGAUCUGAACGUGCUGUUUCAGCAAGUUGCGCAGCUGGUGGCCGAGCAGGGCGAGGUACUGGAUACCAUUGAGAGGAAUGUCGAGGCAGUUGGGGAUGAUACCCGGGGCGCGGAUAGGGAGUUGAGGGCAGCUGCGAGGUAUCAAAAGCGGGCGAGGAGCAGGAUGUGUUGCUUGUUGAUGAUCCUGACGGUGAUUUUGACGAUUAUUUUGCUGGCGAUUUUUGUGGGUUGA